CCCUGUCGUCCCGCUUAUUCUCUCCAUUCGAAAUCAGUCUCUCUUCUCUCACACAUUCACACAUCAGAUUAUACUCAGAUUUCUGUAUCUAUAUGUCUAUAACAAAUACGUACUAAGAGAUACGGUUUUCAGUCGAAGAAUACGUGUCCAAUUCGCUUCAAGAAGCGGUUUGAGGAAGAGAGGAGAGGGAAAACCUAGCUACUGCAAUUGGAAUCGAAGUUAUUUUGAUUUUACGGCUUUUAUUUGAGGGAAAAUGGCCCUGGAGAUAACCCAGUAUCUAUUGGCUGCUCAAUCACCAGAUGCAAAAAUUCGAACAGAGGCAGAGAGUGCUCUUGGUCAGUUCAGGGACCAAAAUGUACCGGGAUUUCUUUUGUCAUUAUCUGUUGAGCUCUCAAACGAUGGCAAACCAACAGAGUCUCGCAGACUUGCUGGUAUUGUCCUUAAGAACUCCUUGGAUGCCAAAGAAGCUGCAAGGAAGGAAAAUCUCAUUCAACAGUGGGUGUCGAUAGACAUUUCCAUUAAAUCUCAGAUAAAAAGCUUUCUCCUAAACACUCUUGGAUCUUCUGUUAGUGAGGCGUGUCAUACUGCUGCCCAAGUAAUUGCUAAGAUAGCUUCAAUUGAAAUUCCCCGAAAAGAAUGGCCAGAACUUAUUGGAUUGUUACUUGCGAAUAUGACUCAACCAGAUAGGCCUGCGUCCCUGAAACAGGCAACAUUGGAAACACUUGGCUAUGUGUGUGAGGAGAUAUCUCACCAUGAUCUUGUGCAAGAUGAAGUAAAUGCUAUCCUCACAGCUGUUGUUCAAGGGAUGAAUGUUAGUGAGGCAAACCCAGAGGUCCGGCUUGCUGCAACCAGGGCUUUGUUUAAUGCCCUUGAUUUUGCACAGACCAACUUUGAGAAUGAGAUGGAGAGGAACUAUAUUAUGAAGGUGAUUUGUGAUGCAGCGUUGGCAAAAGAAACAGAGAUUAGACAGGCUGCUUUUGAGUGUCUUGUUUCUAUUGCAUCAACAUACUAUGAGGUGCUUGAACCUUAUAUGCUAAGAAUCUUCGAGCUUACAUCCAAUGCAGUCAAAGGAGAUGAGGAGGCUGUUGCCCUUCAGGCAGUUGAGUUUUGGAGCUCCAUCUGUGAUGAAGAAAUGGAGCUUCAAGACUAUGAGGUCCCUGAGAGUGGGGAUUCAAGUGCUUCACACUCUCGCUUCAUUGAAAAGGCUCUUCCAACUUUAGUUCCUAUGCUGCUAGAAACAUUGCUUAAGCAGGAUGAGGAUCAGGACCAAGAUGACGGAACAUGGAAUCUGGCCAUGGCUGGUGGGACAUGUCUCUGUCUUGUUGCUAGGACUGUUGGGGAUGCUGUUGUGCCUCUGGUAAUGCCAUUUGUUGAGGCUAACAUUUCGAAGACUGAGUGGCGAGCUCGUGAGGCAGCCACAUAUGCAUUUGGCUCAAUCCUCGAAGGACCAAGUACUGAAAAGCUUUCUCCUAUGGUAAAUGCUGGCUUAGAUUUUCUGCUCAGUGCAAUGAAGGAUGCAAACGGUCAUGUGAAAGAUACAACUGCAUGGACACUUAGUCGUAUCUUUGAGUUAUUGCACUCACCAGCUACUGGUUUCUCUGUGAUUACCCCUGCUAACCUCCAGAGGAUUUUGGGGAUCCUGCUGGAUAGCAUAAAAGAUGCACCACAUGUGGCCGAGAAGGUCUGUGGAGCUAUCUAUUAUAUUGCUCAGGGUUACGAGGAUGCAGGGACAAGCUCCUCUCUGCUCACUCCUUUCCUUCGAGAUAUCAUAAGUAAUCUUAUUGCCACUGCUGAUCGAACUGAUAGCAGUGAUUCCAAGCUCAGGUCUUCUGCAUAUGAAACCUUGAAUGAGGUUGUUAGGUGUUCAAACCUUGCAGAGACAUCCCAGAUGAUUGUCGAACUUCUACCUGUUAUGAUGUCUAAGUUAGAACAAACUUCAAAUCUUCAAAUAGUGUCAUCUGAUGACAGGGAAAAGCAAGGAGAUCUUCAAGCCUCUCUUUGUGGCGUGCUUCAGGUAAUUAUUCAAAAACUAAGCAGUGCUGAUGAAACCAAGCCCAUCAUACUCCAGGCAGCUGACCAGAUCAUGGUAUUGUUCCUUAAUGUGUUUGCUUGCCGUAGUUCUACUGUACAUGAAGAAGCUAUGCUUGCAAUUGGUGCACUGGCCUAUGCCACUGGGCCGGAGUUUGGGAAGUACAUGCAAGAGUUCUACAAGUAUCUGGAGAUGGGUCUCCAGAAUUUUGAGGAGUACCAGGUUUGUGCCAUCUCAGUUGGGGUUGUGGGUGACAUUUGCCGCGCAUUGGACGACAAGGUCUUACCAUAUUGUGAUGGGAUCAUGACACUUCUCCUCAAGGAUCUCUCCAGUGGUGAACUUCAUCGGUCUGUGAAGCCUCCUAUAUUCUCCUGCUUCGGGGAUAUUGCUUUAGCAAUUGGCGAGCACUUUGAGAAGUACAUCAGUUAUGCACUGCCAAUGAUGCAAAGUGCUUCUGAAGUGUGUGCCCAAAUGGACGACAAUGAUGAGGAGAUGGUCGAAUAUGGAAACCAGCUCAGGCGCAGCAUUUUUGAGGCUUAUUCUGGAAUUCUUCAGGGAUUUAAAAAUUCCAGGGCUGAUUUGAUGUUACCUCAUGCUCCUCAUCUCUUACAGUUUAUUGAACUGGUUGCCAAUGACCGGCAUAGGGAUGAGAGUGUAACAAAAGCAGCAGUUGCAGUUUUGGGUGACCUAGCAGAUGCACUUGGUUCAAACAUAAAGACGAUGUUCAAAGAUCGUGCAUUCUUCACAGAAUUAUUAGGCGAGUGUCUUCAAUCCGAUGAUGAACAGCUGAAAGAAACAGCCACAUGGACUCAGGGGAUGCUUGGACGUGCCUUCUCUGUCUAUGGGUGAAAGGUUAGCUGCAACUCUCUGUUAAUUUUUGUGGCUUCUUUUUCUUCGUUAUGUUAAGGUUGAAGUUGUCAGGGUACCCACAAACGUGGGGUUUCUUGUCUUGUAUGCUAAUGUCUUUUGUAAUGCGGAUGAGACUUGUAGAUGAUGAAAUUCUUUUCAUUGAUCUGCUAAUUAUGGAUCAAAACUUUUUCCUACUUUUAUGCAAUAUGGCCACUGGUCUUCUGUGGCAUGUUCCUUGUUAUUUA